AUGGAUUUACAGGCGGCGGUUAUGCUUUUACUUGACGGCCAGGAGGGCUCGUUGGCGCUGGAUGCUAUUCUAGUCACUGCGAUUUCUGGAGCCCGCAAACUUGGUUUGCACCAGUUGGGUGAUAUCAAGUUAGACACCUCUACAUCACACUCUGCACCCUUAGAAAACGACACGUCAUCCGCGGCGGAACAGCCACAUAUUCAAACAGAAAUAGGCAUUCGCAUUUGGUGGGCACUUGUACAAAGAGAUUGGUCGCGCGGUCAAGCCCUCGGCUACUACACUGUGCAUCCAUCGCAAUUCACCACUCAGAUGCCGUUGCACAUCAAUGAUGAUGAUCUUUAUCUGUCGACGUGGAGGGUAAGGGUCAAUGGCGAAAUCACAGAGCGGCCCCGUUCCGAGUUCACGAUGCUGUCGUAUACUGUCCACGCCCACGAACUCGCCACCAUUGUACGCGAAUCUAUCAAUCUAAUGGGAUCAGCAACUCAGCAGCCCGAUGCGAUUACUGAAUCGGCCAAGUUGCGCAAACAUCUGAACAAUAAGUAUGAAGAGUACGUGGCUGGUCUGCCGUCAUAUUUUCGAUUGGGAAGCACUGUAGGACUCACUGCUACCGGUCCAAUGGCUGCGAUCCCCAUGCAACGAUGGAUGUUGCACCAACAACUGUGGAGCUUACUCCUGCGAAUGCAUCAAGCCAAUCUCUCCUCUCCAAUUGGUCGUGCUUCCUGUCAGCUUCUGGCCCAAAAUAUCAUCGGCACCCAGACUCAGAUCCAGGCGCGAUGCGCUGUUUGUAGCACACUGUCGACCAGCGAAACCCAGCUAUUCAACGCGGCCGUUGUCUUGCUUUUUGACCUGAUCUUCACACCUAAGCAAGUGGAUGCGGAUAGCGCCAGUGCGCACCUCAGCCGAUUGAUGACUCGUGACAAGAUCAGGGAAGCGAUCGAAUUAUUACGGACCAAGAGCAUCACAGAAGGGGAAGACGAUCUGCACCUGGAACAAGUCAAAGGGUCUGCUGCUCAGCGCAGUGUUGUUGUUCUGGAAGCCUUGAUGAAGCUGGAAGAAGAGGACUCCGACAGUAGCGCGAAAAGCUCCCUAAGGCUCAAGGUUGCUGAUAUUAUUAAAGCGUUGAGCGGAAGGGCCGAAUCUGCCACCGCAUCUGUGCAAGAGCAGCAGGCCCCCGUGGACGGCUUUUCGCCGUUUGAUGUGUCGAUGCCUUUUGCCAACGUCGCUGAUGGGUUCCCUGACUUGGACGUGCUGCCGAUUCUGUCCAAUGGUCUUAGUCCUAAUUUUUGGCAAUUCUUGGACUUUCCCCCGCCACCAUUUGAUGGUCACGCUAAGGAGGUCUCGUUUGCUACUCUGCGGGACCCGCCUGGCCCCCUUGAGGCGGGAACUUCUCAAUUUGCCGACUCGUAUAGUAGUACUCCUGGAACUCGUGUGAAUCACACGUCUCCUUCCUCUCUGCAGACUGAACUGAUUGGAAUGAAUGGAGGGAGUCACUCCACCACGACUCCUUCGAGCGCUGAUGCCUACGUUGCCGCCGAGUUCUAUUAUGCCAUGGCUGAUGGGCCUAUGGCUUCCAUGGGACGCUAG